UGUUUUUUGGGGAAAAGUAAUUAUAUUUUAGAAGAAAUUUAGGCAUUUUCCUUUGUCCCUAUGUAUAAUUCAACUCCGUCACGCAACCGCCUCCGCCCCCUAUUUGUAUACAUAAAUGGUUUGACCCUGUGACAUCAUUUAAGGAAGUAGAUUUAGCAGAGUCUCCAGAACAGCAUGGUGCAACCAGUGACAAUCUGUGCAGGGAAAGAAAAAAACAAGGAAAUCAAAAGAGAAGAUGAAAAAGAAGAUAGCAGAACUAGAGCAAUUACUACAACAAGAGAGACAACAGAAAGAGAAAUACAAAAAAAGGCUACAAUGUGUAAAGAAUGACUUGCCAAGAUCCCCUGUCAAGAAAACUUUACAUUAUCAUGAAGCACUCAAACUUCAAAUACAGGAGACUUACAAACAAGCAAAGACCGAAAAACAGAGGCAGUUAAUAUCAGGCGUAGUGGUCGGUGGGAUCAUGAGAAAAUACAGAAUGCUGAAAAAGUCAGAGAGUGCAUUGGGAUUUUCAAAGAAACGCCGAAGCCUAGCCAACUGUGAAAUAUUGAAAUUCAAACGCAAGAAGAUCACAGCAUUUGAUGACAUGAAGAAGAAAGUGAAGGAGUUCUUCACACGUGAUGAUGUCAGUAGAAUAACCACUGGCAAGAACCAAACCUCAACAAAAAAUAAAACAAAGAUGCAAAAGAGGUUCAUGGUUGACACAAUGAAGAAUCUCCACCGAAAAUUCAUGUCAGAAAACCCAGGGAGAUUGUCUUAUUCAAUGUUUUGCCCUCUCCGGCCUUUCUGGGUUGUUAAGCCCUCUCUUGCAGAUCGUGAAACUUGCAUGUGCAAGCUCCAUGAGAACCUUUCAUUUGUUGCCCAAAAGCUCAAACAACUACAGCUUAUUGAGACAUCAGAGCUGGAAGAACUUGCCAAUCAAAUUUGUUGCAGUCCAUCAAAUAAGCACUGCAUGUAUGGUGAGUGUGAGCAGUGCAAGAAGGAAAUUAUUCCCAUAUCAGAUGCCUACAAACCAGAGGAAGAUGUUGUUUGUCCACAAUGGAUUAUGAAAGAAAAAAACAAAAAAAAUGAAGAUGAAAAAACUGUGAAGAUUACUGUUAAAGAGAACCUGCACACAUCCCAAGAAAAUCUUGUGGAAAUGUUUCAUUCAUUGCUUCACAGAUUCCGCAGGCAUCUGUUUAACAUUAAACAACAGUACAGUAAGUUAGGGUAGAGGAGAACAGGACAAGAACAGAGCCAAAUGAGACUUCUGAGAAAUGAGUUUUACCUGAGACCAAAGUGGACACACACACACACACACACUAUCUUCACCCACAAUCAACACUUAACAUGACAGGAUACGCCAUUCUCAGCUGAGGAGAGCAGAACUGUGGUUGAAGAGAUGAGACAAAAGGAGAGGUGGAAAGAAAGUGACCAAAGUGGACACACACACACACACACACACACACACACACACACACACACACACACACAGUAACUAUCUUCACCCACAAUCAACACUAUACAUGACAGGAUGGCAUGCUCACCGGAGGAGAGCAGAACUGUGGUUGAAGAACUGUGGUUGAGACAAAAGGAGAGGUAGAAAGAAGUUAGGGUAGAGGAGAACAGGACCAGAGAAGAGCCAAAUGAGAAUUCUGGGAAAUGAGUUUCACCUCAGACCAAACAAGGCUUUGUUAAUUAUUGUUUUCCAGGUUUCAAGCAUUUGAAAAUGGAUGUUGUUGACAUUCAUAGUUCAUUUACUUCUGAGUAAAUGCAUUUUUUUGUUUUACCACAGAGGGAAAAGUUCAAAGUUUUUCAAACGGACAAACUGAAAAUAUGAUGUACUUGCUGAUCCACGAAUUUUAAAUAUAAA